CAGUACUACUGAGACCAGCGAUUCAACACCACUAUUUUUAUUCUACGGUGGCUUACAGUUGAUGCUUCGUCAUGAUACACACAGUGAAAAUAAACCAGCGAAUUUCAAAAUGGAUGAACCACCCAAACGUUCAAAUAAUCGGCUUUCUCAGUGGGAUCAGUGUUUACUGUUUCACUAUUCAAAUCUAUGCAGCUAUUAUGCCUAACUUUAUCCAGCAGAAGGUGUGCAGUUCCGAUGUUCAACCUGACCUCAAUGCAACGUGUAACAACACCAAUGCAAUAAAUGAAGCUACCGAUAUUGUAACUAUAAGAGGCAUCAUUCGGGAAGCAGUCCCAGUAGUCAUCCUGUUGUUGGCCGGAUCGUGGAGAGACGCCACUGGACAAUACAAGCCCUUGAUAUACUCAUCGCUCAUUGGCGGAAUCCUAGGUGUGUCCGUACUGCUCCUGGCGGCUUUGAAAUGGUCUAUGUCGGUCUGGACGGCGUCCAUCAUCGAAUCCGUCCUCAACGGUAUAUUUGGUGGAAACAAAGUCAUGUACCUAGGAGCUACUUGCGCCAUGACCGAUCUAACUACCGAAGAUCAGAGGAGUAAUAGGUUGAUGAUGUUCCAGGUUUCAGUUUCAGUGGCUAUUUUCACAGCCAAUGCUGUGUCUGGUUAUUGUCUUCAUCUUCUUGGCUAUAUGUGGUUCUUCAUCAUGGUCAUAGCUCUUUUCUUUGUUGCUUUUGUACUUGUGGUGUUCUUGAAAGACGGCGAGAAAAGACUCGAUAGGAACGAACAAGCUAAAUUAUUUCAAAAAAUGAAAUCCAUUACUAAAUCAAGACCUAAUAACUUGGUUGUUUGGCUCAUGCUUAUCGGCUGUGUUAUGAUCAACGUCUGUAGCCUUGCGGAAAACAAUUUGUACCUCUACUACUUACAGCUGGGAUUUGACUUUACAGUCAAAGAAUCUGGUCUUUAUACUGCUUUCCGUUUAAUGUUCAGUGUAGUGGGCACAGCGAUUCUAUCACCGGUGUUCACAAACGUUUUAAAAUGGUCUGACUUCAGAAUUGGUAUUAUUAGUUCAUUUAUGUGUUUUAUUGCGGCAGUUUUAAUGAUAUUCGCGAAGACAGUAGUACAUUUGAUAAUAUUUGGCAUGUUAGAUUUUUUGAGAUUAUUUGCCAGUACUCUGCCAUUGUCAAUUGUGACUAAGUAUGUAAGAGGUGACGAAGUAGGAAUAUUUGUCAGCUUACGUUUCAUUGGUGAAUGCCUGUUUCCAAUUUUUCUUUUUUAUAUUUACGAAAUUAUAUUUUCUGCAACUUCAAGUACAAUCCCUGGAGGAUUCUUCAUGGCCAGUGCCGCCAUUAUAUUGCUUGUAUUUGUCUUCUACUGGAUAUGCUCUUGUAUCUACAUUGAAGCAGUGGAACCUUUGGAUAAAGAUUCGUCUAUAAACAACGAUGUUGAAAAACGUGAAGCUGUUAAAACACCAGGCAACGACACAAUAAUCGAAAAAUACUAAGGAGUUACAAGAUGAUUGUUAUAAAUAAAACUUUGGGUAUAUAAGACGAACCAACGCUUAUGCUUUAAGAAAAAACAACAUUAAAAAAAGUUUUGUAAAUAUAUUUAUAAAUUAUUUUUAAAGAUUUUACUUAUUUCCUUCAUCCCAGUUAUAAAAAAAUAAAAUAAAAAACUUUAAUAUUAAUUAGGAACUAAGAAAAAUAAAAUACCUCUGAAAUCAAUAUUAACAUUCAACAAUGAAGUUCACAUUA